AUGGGGGUAUGCCAGCUUUCUUGGGUAUCAGAGAGUUGAAUAAGUUUAUAUAUGGUCGGAUUUUAGAAAAAAUGCGUUCUUUUUAGGCCUGAAUAUAAUAUUUUUAGAUUGUAUUUUUUUUUAUUUCUACCCUUGACGUUGAAUAAGCUAGUGUCGCCGCGUAUUUUAGUGGGAAUUCCCCUUAAUUGACCUCAUGCGACAUGCGUUUAAUGAGUUUAAUUGAUAUUAGAACCAAAGAGACAAGAAAAAGUAGUAAAAGAAGCACAGAAAGACAUAUAUUAGUGGGGCGUCUGGUUGUGUGCAGCCGAAGAGGAGCGAUAAACGUACGACUGCAGUCUUUCCCAGCUUUCUCGCUCUUCUUUCUGACUGGAAGGUAUCUGCGAUCUGGUUUAACAUAAAAUCGAUCUUUUCUUCGCUUUAAUUGGGACUAUAUUUACUAUUCGCUGCCUGAUUAGUCAAAUCCGAGCGCUGUUUCCAGAGGUGGUGUGAAGCAAUGACCGAAGUCGAGGACGCCUUCAAGGAGAAGAUCCAAGCCCAAGGAAAUGCGGUCCGAGAGCUCAAGAGCGCCGCCCAACCCGAUCAGGUAGGGUAAUUACAUCUUUUAUAGUCAUUGCGUAUGCGGGAACACAGUGGAAUGCUGUGUAAUUCCCUUCUCUAUGAACGAUUUGAAAGGGAAUACUUGGAAAUUAAUGAAAAAACAAAAGAAAACUGAUUUUAGGAGGCCCUGAAAGCCGCGCUGGACGGUCUUCAAGCCCUCAAAUUGGAGUACAAAGAGAAAUUCGGAAAGGAAUACGAGGGAGCUGGCCGACGUCCUCAGAAGGCCAAGAAAGAAGAGAAGAAACCUCAAGUGCAACAACCGGUGGAUGGAAAAAAGCAAACCAAAUUGGGAAUAGACACCAAGAAGUUUGAUAACUACUCCGAAUGGUAUUCUCAGGUAAACGCUUGAUUAUUCUUCGAAUAAUUUUUGUUAUUAAGGUUGUUACCAAGGCCGAAUUGAUCGAGUAUCACGAUGUUUCCGGAUGUUACGUCCUCCGUCCAUGGGCUUAUUCCAUUUGGGAGUUUAUCCAAGGAUUCUUCGAUAAGGAGAUCAAGAAAUUGGGAGUCAAGAACAGUUACUUCCCGAUCUUCGUCUCGUCCAGUGCCUUGGAGAAAGAGAAAACUCACCUUACCGACUUCGCCCCUGAGGUCGCGUGGGUCACCAGAGCCGGCAGCUCGGAGUUGGCCGAACAUAUCGCGAUUCGCCCAACCUCGGAGACCGUCAUUUACCCAUUCUUCGCCAAAUGGACGCAGUCUCAUCGGGAUCUGCCCAUCAAAGUCAACCAGUGGUGUAAUGUUGUGGUAAGUUUCUGGGUGGUUACUGCUUUGAAUGUCGUUAUUAACUUCGACUUUUAUAAUUAUAAAGUCUCUAAUGGCCUAUCUUCUUGCAGAGAUGGGAAUUCAAACAUCCGACACCAUUUAUCCGAUCCCGGGAGUUCCUCUGGCAGGAAGGUCACACCGCUUUCGAGAGUAGAGAAGAGGCCGAACAAGAAGUAUAUAAUAUUCUGGACCUUUACUCCAAGGUCUACACCGACCUCUUGGCCAUUCCCGUUGUCAAGGGCAGGAAAUCUGAAAAGGAAAAAUUCGCCGGAGCUGAUUUUACGACAACUGUGGAGGCCUACGUCCCUGUCAAUGGCCGAGGAAUCCAGGUUGGUUCAUGAAUUUCAAUGGUGGUAUUUUUUUACAGAUGUUUGAUGGGAAUUUUUUUAUCUGAUGCCUUCAUGUUUAGGGUGCCACCUCCCACCAUCUCGGGCAAAACUUCUCCAAGAUGUUUGAGAUUAAGUUCCAAGAUCCCGCCGAUCCCUCCAGCCAUGCCUUUGCCUGGCAAAACUCGUGGGGACUCUCCACCAGAACAAUCGGAGCCAUGGUCAUGAUCCAUGCGGACGAUAAUGGACUGGUCCUCCCUCCCAGAGUCGCAUCCAUUCAAGCGAUCGUUGUUCCAGUUGGAAUCACCGCCAAAACGACGGAAGAAGAAAAGAAAUCGUUGUUGGAGAGGACGCAACAGAUUGUGAAUCAACUGAUUGAUGCUGGAAUACGUGCUGAAUUGGAUGCCAGAGAGAAUGUGAGCCCCGGAUGGAAGUUCAAUCACUGGGAAUUGAAGGGAGUCCCCGUCAGAGUGGAAGUUGGUCCUAAAGAUCUGCAAAAGAAUCAGGUUUUGGCUGUUAUUAGACAUGAUGGUGAGAAGAGACCAGUGUCUUUGCAAGGGUUGGAGAAGAAUUUCCAGAAUCUCCUCGAUGAAAUCCAUCAAAAGAUGUAUGAGAAGUGAGUUUGUUUUUCUUUUUAUAUUACAAAUAUUUGUUAUAAUGGAAUAGUUGUUUAUUUUAGGGUCGAGAAACAAAGAAACGAGCACAAAACGGUGUGCACUGAUUGGAGCAAGUUCGCUGACCUUUUAGACCAGAAGUUUGUCCUGUUAUCUCCAUUCUGUGGAGGCAUUGAUUGUGAGGAAAGGAUCAAGGAAGGCUCGGCCAGAGAAGAAUCGGCCGAAGUCGGUCAGUCCGCGAUGGGGGCCAAGACCUUGUGUAUCCCCUUGGAUCAACCUUCCCAGCCUCUCCCCGAGAAGUGUAUCUUCCCUGAAUGCAAGGAAAAGGCAAAAUUCUUCGCUCUCUUUGGAAGAUCUUACUAA